CCGCGCCACACCUGUCGUCCUCCGUCCAUUGAAUCACACGCUGAACUGAACCAAGCGGAUGGACAGCUCGCACAUGCGCAGUACGCCCAGCAACGACAACUUCCUGCAAAAUAACAACAGACAAAGCUUGACACUGUGGAUUUAAAAGCGUUUCUUAAACACUUCUUCAAUGCAGGGUCCGGACACUCUCUUCAGGUGCAGAGAGUAGGCUGUGCGUGCAGACAUGUCGGCUCGCUCCGCUGCAGAGAUGGAUGACUCGCAGGAGCUGCCUGAGCUGCCGGCAAAGAAGACGAAGCUUGAGAUCGACGGUGGACUGGGGAAAGAGCAGAGUAAUUUAGGAGACAAUGGGAGUCCAGCAGAGCAGGAGAACUCUUACUCUACGCUGGCUACGACCCAGCUUGACCCAAGUGAUCAGGAGCAGCCGAAUGCAGACGCACAGCAAGCACCUCAAGCAUGCGGUGACUCCAUGAACUCUUACGCGCACUCCGCCACAGACGCAGCGGUCACGUCCGAAUACACCCAACAGGUUUAUCAAGGAAGCAACCCAGCCGUGACGUCGUACACCAGCCAGGUGGCCUUCCCUCCUCUGGCCCAGUCCACCGUGUACUCCACCUUCCCCCAGACGGGCCAGACCUACGGCCUCCCGCCCUUUGGUGCUAUGUGGCCAGGCAUUAAAACAGAGACAGGGCUGCCUGAGGCGCCCUCUGCUGGCCAGCCUGGGUUUCUCAGCUUCAGCACCGCAUACACCUCAACCCAGCCAGGUCAUCUGCACUACUCAUACCCCAGCCAAGGCUCAAGCUUCACAACAUCCAGUGUGUACUCCAGCAUCCCUUCAGCGACUGCAGCGACCACAACGCCCACCACCGUGACCCACCAGGAGUUUAGUGGCUACAACUCUCUGGGGCAGACUCAGUUCUCUCAGUACUACACUCUGCCUCCCAGCUACGUGCCUGCAGGGCUGCCCAGCAGCGAAGAGCAAGGCGCCGGUGUGGAAGCGACCGGAUACUCGGCUGUGAAGUCUGAGCAGGCGGCGUCAGCUGGACUGCCUCCCAGAGACGCAUCUCCACCAGAGAACCUUCCGACGGGUGCGGCCCUCCCGACAGGUGUUUCUCUCCCUGCUGGAGCCAGAGAUCAGGACGAGAUGGGACGGAGGAACUCUGUGGGAAAAUCAAAAGGGAAAGCAAAAAAGCCUGAAAACUCUCCGCCGACUGAGAGUGACCUGGAGCGUAUUUUCCUGUGGGACCUGGAUGAGACUAUUAUCAUCUUCCACUCUCUGCUCACCGGCUCCUUCGCACAGAAGUUUGGAAAGGACCCAGCAACAAUGCUGAACCUGGGCCUGCAGAUGGAGGAGCUGAUCUUUGAGCUGGCUGACACUCACCUCUUCUUCAACGACCUGGAGGAGUGUGAUCAAGUCCACGUUGAAGAUGUCGCCUCUGAUGACAAUGGACAGGACCUGAGUAACUACAACUUCCUUGCUGAUGCUUUUAACGGUCCCAGCGGUGGAGGAGGAGCUUCAGGAGCCACAGCAGGAGUCCAGGGAGGGGUGGAGUGGAUGCGGAAACUGGCCUUUCGCUACCGCCGGCUAAAAGAGAUCUACAACAGUUACAAAGGGAACGUUGGAGGCCUUUUGAGUCCCAUGAAGAGGGAGCUGCUUCUGCGGCUUCAGUCGGAGAUCGAGAACGUUACAGACGCGUGGCUCAACACGGCGCUGAAGUCUCUGCUGCUCAUCCAGUCCAGGGGGAAGUGUAUGAACGUGUUGGUCACCACCACUCAGCUGGUUCCAGCUCUGGCCAAAGUGCUGCUCUACGGCCUGGGAGACGUGUUCCCCAUCGAGAACAUCUACAGCGCCACAAAAAUAGGGAAAGAGAGUUGCUUUGAGAGGAUUGUCUCUCGCUUUGGGAAGAAGGUGACCUACGUGGUGAUAGGCGAUGGUCGAGAUGAGGAAUUUGCAGCAAAACAGCACAACAUGCCUUUCUGGCGGGUCUCUACUCACGGCGACCUCGUGUCCUUGCACCAAGCGCUGGAACUGGACUUCUUGUAAAGGAGGCGACACUUGGAAGUCGCACGCUAAAGGGAAUCAGUCGUCCUGGUUGGUUUGUGGAGUGACGUGUUAGUAAAACCCUCCACCUCUCAAACGGUACACACUCUCUCAUAUUAGAAAGGCAUAUAUCUGCCCUCAGAGACUCACUGUGUGUGACAGUAAUGUACAGAGGCAGACUUUGGGUCGGAGCUGACUGCGAGAAACGAACUGGACACAUGUUUUGUCAGAGUUACGGUUCCUUCGGCGCUCCCUCCUCUACGGCAGCUAAACUCAACACGGCUGAAACUGGCACUGAUACGGACACAAAGGGAAGACAUCUUUUUUUAUGCCCUCCUCCUUUUUGUCUCUUCUUUUAUCCUUCUUUUAGUCUCCUGCAGUGAAACAGUCUCUCUUUUUUUACACCCCUUUGUGAAUUUAAACAACCAAAACGACCAUCAUUGUGUGAUGGCUCUCUAUUAGGGUUGUUGUAACUUUUCAUGUCGACUCUGUUGAAUUCAUUCAAGUUUGUUUCUCUCUUUCUAAGUUGUUUCGCUUUCAUUUUCAAAGACUUGAAGCAUCACUUUGAAGUAUCAGAUGAUUCCCUUAUUAUGUAACAUUGGAUUAUUUAUCCUAAGGUACUACAUGUGCUGAAAAAACAUGGUCAUGGCCUGCCCUCCUGACCCAACCUCACCCCACCAUCAGUCAGCUGCCCUGACCUCUGUUUGUUCCUCUAUGCUUUAACAUCCUGUGUGUGUGUGCGUGUGUGUGUGUGUGUCAUCUGUGGUCAGUGAGCAUGUGCAGCUGAGAAUCAUGCCCCAGUUGAAGCUCUGACAAACCCAACACUGAACACAGAUAGAUUUUUACAAUGACGUAGGAUUUUGAUCAUGCAUGCCUGGCCCCAGUAGUGUUUGACAAUGCACAGAAGUAUGAAGGACAGCCUGAGCUGUGUCCCUAAUCCACAACACCUGAUCUAUAAAGUACACACUUCACUGUGUUAUAACAAAUUAAGCACGUCACCGCUUUGGGAAUUAAUCUAUGCGUCCAAAUGUUACUGCACGUUGGAGGCAGAAUAAAAAGUAUUUCUCUCUCUCAGUUUGUAAACAUUACAUUCAAAGUUGUCCAUGUUCGGUGCAAAAAAAAGAUGUCCAGAGUUUUGCUAUCACAGCUUUUCAAUGCAAACAUGCAACAGACUGAAUCUGCUUAAAUGUAGUGUGUAGAGUGGAUUAGGGAACUUAGAUAUGAACCUAAAUAUGCUAAAUUUGAAUGAAGGAUGCCGUGUUUUUAUUGACUUCUGCUUUUUAAAAUUCCAUUAAGUCCAUAGUUAGGCUGCCAGUAGUGCUAAUAUUGAUAAGUCAUUAAUCUGAGGAUGCUUAUCAACUCAAUUUUCAUAUCUUUAAAUCAUCAAAAAUUGAUGAAGAGUAACAUUUCUCUGAACCAAAGUUGAUUUUUUUUAGAUUUUUGUGUUUAAGAGAUUCCAAAGAUUGUAAGACUGAUGUGUCUGUAGCUCUGCCCAUUAGAUAAAAGUUUCAGUGUUAGUCAUUCGAGUCCCUGACACUUGACCAGGAGACUGAAGAAGUGUUGAGCUGACGGUGGCACGGUGUGUGUGUGUGUGUGUGUGUGUGUGUGUGUGUGUGUGUGUGUGUGUGUGUGUGUGUGUGUGUGUGUGUGUGUGUGUGUGUGUGUGUGUGUGUGUGUGUGUGUGUGUGUGUGUGUGUGUGUGUGUGUGUGUGUGUGUGUGACAGAAUGGGUUUUGUUGGAGAGCCUUGUGAAAAAGAGAAACCUGACCCUGCUUACAAAUACCCUGACUCAUGUUUUUGUGUUUUCUGCUCUUAACCAGGAAAAUUGGACAUACGUUUUUUUCUCCAUUAGGAUCAAAACACAGAUACAGACUACAGCUCUGCCCACACAAGUGUUCCAAACAACAGGAUUUGAUUAGAAACUUAUACCGUGAGGCGUCGCUGCUACUACAAGAAGCUUUAAUCAGGCAGCCCCUCUGCAGUAUGAGUGUUUCUGAGUGCUUAUUGUCUCAUAAUCCAUCACUGCUCACACCUGACAGCCUCUGACUCAGCUUCCACUUUGUUUGGAGGCUCAUGGUCCACCUAAGAGGUGUGAUUUGAAAGUUUCCUGAUCUCUCUCCAUCUCAUGAAUUAUUCCCUGACACAGUUUGAAUCUGCAGAAAUGUUGAAUUCUGGGAAAAAUAGCCAACCAUAAAGUUGCAUAAGACGAUAAAACCAAGGCUUAGAAAAUGUCUGUCAUGUCUGUAAUGUGCCAUCAUGUUUUAGCGACCAAAUCCACAUCCUGGUCAUUAAUGGAAAAAGUAAAUGACAUUACGUUUCUUUCAAAACAUCUCAGUCACUUUUCAAACUGUGUUUAGGAAUACAAUUCAUCAGCUGAGAUUUAAUAUAUCAGUUAAAGCUGCAGCUGUAGCAACAAUUAGUUGGUUGAAAAAGUUUCCAACUAUCCUGAUAAUCUUUUUUUGUGAUUUCUCCCAGCUCCUCAAAUUUUAAUGAUUUGUUGUGUUUGCUUUUGUGAAAGUGUAUCGCAUAUAUUCUCAGUUUUGGAGAGCUGGUUAAUCGGACAAGCAAUUUGAGGACGUCAUGUUAGACCGUAGACUUAACUGUUAAAAAAUUAAAAGGUUUAAUUUUUUUUAAAAGGAACCAUUUGGCAAGAAAAAGUUGGGUUAAGAGAAGAUUAAAUCGAAUUUGUCAAUAAUGUGACGAGGGGGAAAAGAGCUAUGACAACUUACCAGAGCCCUAGUUCGUGAUGCAUGACCGCUCAAAUACAAGAUACUUUCAACUAAUACAAAAAAAAGACAAAAAAGACAAAAAAAUUUUUGUUGUUUAUUUUGUAAAAUUCUUCCCCAAAUAGUCACUACGUUACUUUUUGUUUCAGUUCCCCUCACAUCCUGGUGAUCAUUUAUGUCAUCAGACUCACGCAACAGUGGAGUAACUUGUCCGUCCACGAAUUUCAUCACUCAUCCACAUGACAACCCAUAAUCCGUGUUCGCUGUACUGAGUGGGAUAAAACCCACGAUCAUGAGAACCAUGACUGUGCAAUACAUUUGUACUUUUCUCAUUAACUGUAUUUCCAGGGACGUUUCAUUUGUAGUCAAAAGCAGGAGGGGGGGGGGGGGUCGAGUUUAGGAGAAGAACAAUACUGAGCCUGAAGAAGAUUUACACACAUGCAGCUUGACCGUUAAGAAUGUGUAUUCUGUGUUAACUUUUUUGUUUGUGUGUGAGUAUUUAUAUCGUGCCUUUGAACCAUAAUCUGUAUGCUUAAUCUCAAAGGGAAAUAUGUACGACUUUUGUUUGAGACAUGUAUCACUGCAUUGUCAUAUUAUCCAAAGUGUUAUCUCGUUUUUUUUAACUCAAUACUUUUUUUAAGUGCUGUUGUUAUUUCUUUAAUGUAUUUGUUUUGUUUUGUUUUUUUGUCUGCACUGUAUUUGAACACUCUCCUUGAGUUUGUUAGCAGAAAGGUCUCAAAAUGUAGAUAUCUCAGCUUCGAGGGACGACAUAUUAGCGUUUUUCAGAAAUGUACUCGUCAAGUCUCAUUUUCAACUCUCAUGCCUGCUUUGUAUUUGAUUUGCUUUCUUUUUUAGUAACGAUUUUACGUGUAUUUCUUUGCUGUGAAAUGCUUAGCAUUGCUUAGAGACAAUCAUGAGUUACAUGACGUGGUGUUUUUUAAAUGCAGAUCAGAGUUGCGUUAUUUCUGCUCAUUGAAUGUGUUUGUUUCUUUAUCUUGUCUGCAUGUCAUCUUUAUAUUGAAGUAUACAAUGGCUGUCGGAAAAGUGACCAUGCAUUGUUAAAGGGUCUGUAUUCUUCUACGUGUCCCCUUUUUUUGCCAAAUACUUUAAUGCUGAGUGUGCUUUGAUUUUCUUUGUUUUUUUUCUUCAAUGCAUUUCAUCUCAUUGUCAAGGGCCUGUCAUGUGGACAGCUUGAGUAUGAUCCUGUAAACUGAACACAAUCAUAUUAAUAAUAAUCAAUGCUAAUUUAAUUACAGUAAUCAAUAUUUUCCUCACAGUAGCUGUUUGGGACCUCCAUAUAGUCCUGUAAAGCUUUCCUGUGUACCUGAGACACUCAAUACAGUGUAAAUAAAUUUUCAAAAGUUUCAGA